AUGGAAGGCAGAUCGAGCAAACUGCCAUAUCGCAAAUCACACGUUUCUCGCCCUCCCUAUUACUACUACGGCUACCUAAAUCAUGAGACAGUGUUUCAGAGGAGGUCGGCUGUAUCUGUCUUGCAGUUGAUUCGAAGGAGGUGGGGCUACGUUCUCUUUGUCGUUACUAUGAUAAUACUAGUAACGACAAGGAUAAGAUUGACAAAACAACCAGAUCCUUUCGAAGAGACACCAGCCAUGACAGGCCAUUCCACCCCUCAACAACCACAGAAACCUCGCCCACCACCACUGUUCUCCACAUUCACCGACAAUUAUCCCAAACAAUUAGCUGUUUUAAUAGUACCCACAGCAAAUACUUCGCUCAGCACUUACUGUCGCGCAAUAGUCGAUACCUGGGCAACAGAGAAGGAAGAUUUGAAGCAGAUGAUGGCCGAAUUGCUCAAGGAAACUAUGGUAUUUAAAGAACCUGAAAUGCUGAGCGACGAGCAAGACAAGUUUAGAAGGGUUACAAAGGCUCUUCAUUUCCUGUAUUCCUAUCAUCUGCAUCAUUAUAAUUACUUCUUAAAAGUGACCGAUCGAACCUUUGUUCGUCUACCCCGCCUCCUUGACCACUUGAACUCUCUGAAAUCACCUACUCAUCCUCGACUAAUAGGUAACCCUCAGCCGGACUCUCUAUCAGACAUAAAAUUCUGUUCAACUGCAUCUGGAUACAUCUUUAGUAAAGGCCUUCUUGCCAUUGCGGGUGCUCAUCUUCCAUUUUGUCUUGAAGAUGACAGCUCAGUAUCUGAGGACAAAGCAAUGAGUAGAUGUCUGACAGAACACGUGCCCAAGUUUGAGGGAUGUCAGCAUCUGCCGACUGGGACAGGGCGUGAGCUGUUGAGUUUGCGGCCAGACGAUGAGAUUUCUUGGAACAUGAUGAAUCAUCCCGAAGAGACUUUUGAUGAUGGCUUUGUGGAUUCAUGGCGUUUCUCAACGGUUGUUACGGUUGGCGAGGUUAGUUCCGUCAACAUGUUAUUUAAGCUAAACGAUAGGUACGGCGUAGGUGGGAAAUAUGACAAGUUAUCGAUGGACAAGGCCAAGUUUCCGUCAAAGCAUUUGACAAAUUUGAGGCCGGUAGCUGCCAAGCACGAUAACGAGAACGUGCCCAAGAAAUUAGUUUACGAGGAGGUGAAUGACGAGGAGGUGAAUGACGAGGAUGCUGAUAAAAAUUCUAAUCGCGGUAAUAUGGAAGAAGAAGAACGUGAAACUAACUACAACGACUAUACAGAAGACGUACGCGAUUUUGAUGACAAUAACGACGCAGGUGAUAUGCGCGAUACUCGUUACGGCAACGACGAUUUAGAUGUACGCGAUACUCGUUCCAACAACGACGAUUUAAAUGAUGUACGCGAUACUCGUUCCAACAACGACGAUGCAGAUGAUGUACGCGAUACUCUUUCCAACAACGACGAUUUAGAUGAUGUACGCGAUACUCGUUCCAACGACGACGAUGCAGACGAU